GGGGGUGACGGCUGGUCUCUCUCCUGCUCCAGUAACUGGAGGUGCAAGCUCCCUCUUCACCGGCCUCAACUUCAUUUUUUAGAAGGUCCGGGCUGUGUUCUGCUGCUAAAACCAUGGCACCCAAAAAGAACAAGGCAACCAAAAAGAGCAAGGGAGACAUAAAUGAUAUGGCCUUGAUGGUUGAGAACAGCCCCAUCAACAAGAUUAACGGGCUGAACACUCUGCUUGAAGGCGGAAAUGGCUUUAGCUGCAUUUCGACUGAAGUCACUGAUUCGGUGUAUGCCCCGAACCUCCUUGAAGGUCUGAGCAGCAUGAGAAACGAAAGCUUCCUCUGUGAUCUAACAGUCGCCACCAAAUCAAAGUCAUUUGAUGUGCACAAGGUUGUCAUGGCCUCUUGCAGUGAGUACAUUAGAAACAUCUUGAAGAAGGACUCGACCCUCCAGAAGAUAGACCUGAACGACCUCUCACCGGUUGGCCUUGCUACUGCAAUUACGUACGCAUACUCAGGAAAGCUCACUCUGUCGCUCUACAGCAUUGGCAGCACUAUUGCUGCAGCCAUGCUGCUGCAGAUUGGCACCUUAGUGAAGAUGUGCAGUGACUUCCUCAUGCAGGAGCUCAGUGUGGAGAAUUGCAUGUACGUAGCCAAUAUCGCCGAUGCCUACGACCUCAAAGAAACCAAGGAAGCGACUCAGAAGUUCAUGAGGGAGAACUUCAUUGAGUUUUCUGAGAUGGAGCAGUUCCUGAAGCUAACCUAUGAGCAGAUCAGCGAAUUUCUGUCAGAUGAUUCCCUGCAGCUACCUUCUGAAGUUACAGCCUUCCAGAUUGCCAUGAAAUGGCUGGACUUUGAUGAGAAGAGGUUAAAGUAUGCGGCAGAUCUGCUAACUCACAUCAGGUUUGGCACUAUCACUCCCCAAGACCUGGUGAAUCACGUCCAAGGUGUGCCAAGAAUGAUGCAGGACCCCGAGUGCCACCGCCUCCUCGUCGAUGCUAUGAAUUACCAUCUGCUUCCGUACCAACAGAACAUCCUCCAGUCACGCAGAACAAAAGUACGUGGUGGUCUCAAGGUGAUUCUCACAGUUGGCGGACGCCCUGCCUUGACAGAGAAAUCUCUCAGCAAAGACGUUCUCUACAGAGAUUCAGAUAACGUGUGGAAUAAGCUGACGGAGAUGCCAGCAAAGAGCUUCAAUCAGUGUGUUGCAGUCCUGGACGGAUUCCUGUAUGUUGCGGGGGGUGAGGACCAGAAUGAUGCAAGAAACCAGGCAAAACAUGCCGUGAGCAACUUCUGCAGGUAUGACCCCCGGUUCAAUGCUUGGAUUCACUUGAGCAACAUGAUCCAGAGGCGCACCCACUUCAGCCUCAACACAUUCAACGGCCUCUUGUUUGCCAUCGGAGGGCGAAAUGCUGAUGGCGUGCAGGCCUCUGUGGAGUGCUAUGUGCCUUCCUCCAACCAGUGGCAGAUGAAAGCACCCAUGGAGGUCCCCCGCUGUUGCCACGCCAGCUCCGUGAUCGAUGGAAAAAUACUCAUAUCUGGAGGUUACAUCAAUAACGCCUACUCCAGGUCUGUGUGCUCUUACGACCCCUCCACCGACACCUGGCAGGAUAAGAGCAGUCUGAGCACGCCUCGAGGCUGGCACUGCGCCGCCACUGUGGGAGACCGCGCCUAUGUCAUCGGCGGAAGCCAACUAGGAGGCCGCGGGGAGAGGGUGGACGUCCUUGCUGUCGAAUCUUACAACCCUCAUAGCGGGCAGUGGAGCUACUGCGCACCUCUUCACACGGGGGUGAGCACAGCAGGGAUUUCCAUUUUGAAUAACAAGAUCUAUCUCCUUGGUGGCUGGAACGAGGGCGAGAAGAAGUACAAGAAAUGCAUUCAGGUUUACAACCCUGACCUCAAUGAAUGGACUGAGGAUGAUGAGCUGCCAGAAGCCACAGUCGGAAUUUCAUGCUGUGUCGUCACCAUACCAACACGGAAAACACGAGAGUCCAGAGCCAGUUCGGUUUCAUCUGCGCCUGUCAGUAUAUAAAGAAUUAGAUCAUAACAACCUUGUACUGUACAUGUCCGGAGGUUUCCAACUUGUCUGCUGCAUAAGCUCCUGAAAAUGGUCCUUAGCUUUCAUGUUAUAUUUGGCAUCAGUAAAGCCAGGUAGUGGUUAUGAAACAGAUACAUUAAUGUAGUAAAUUAUUAAUUUAUCUUCUUUAUUUUUCCUUUCUUUUUUUGACAAAUCUAACUCUGGGGCCAAUUCAGCCAGGAUAAUUUUGUUAGCCUUUUUUUUUCUACAGCAAAUGGAGUGCUAUUUAAAACUCAGAUAUAAGAUAUAAAAUUUCAAGACUCCUGUUAAAAUUCACUUGCAGCAUAACUAUCUUUUUAGCCCAGUGCCAUGGAAACAAUGUAUGGUCUGACAGUCUUGUUUAUGGUGAUUAUAGCUACUGUGAUUCUCAGAUACUUGAAAAGAAGAAGAAGCUGGAAUAAGUGUUGGCGUCCCCUACCAGGAGUAGGCGCUCGUGUCUGGUGUUUAAACGCACCACGGAGCGAGACUGCAGAUUCUCUGCUUGUGUGCCACGUGCAGCAUUCUGCAGCCUCGCUCUGUAUUGUGUGAUCACCAUAAACACUAUUGCAGCAAAGAAAACAGGUUGGGGUUAGGAACGUGUUGGAACAAUGAGGGCUGAAUGAGUUUAGAUGUGAGGGUGAGACACUGUUUUUGUAAAAAGGACAAAAAAAAGGAACAAGUUAACUCGGGAAUGAUGUUCAGAGCCUGAGCUUUGCUGGAAAUCGUUAUUUAUGGAUUCCCUGACUGCUCACGUGUUUCCAUUUUUUUCUUUGUUUUAAUUAAAGAGAAUAAGGAUAAGCUA